AUGACGGAGCGCAUCCAAGGCCGCGUCGUCGCUCGCCGCUACCACGGCAAAACCUUGUCGUUCUGCACGCUCUUGGUGCGCCACACGAGCGGCCUCGACCUUGCCACGUACAAGGACCACACCGCUGUGAACGACGAUACCGGGCUGCCCGUUCAAGUCUGCUUUGAAGCCAAGCGUCUCGAGCCGGUCGUCGCGCCCUGGCUGGCCUUUCCCGCUGCGAAGCGUGCGAUCGUCCACAGUGACGAGGUGCUCGUCGACGUCGUGCCGCAUGUCAACGCCCACGGCCGCGCACAGCUUCUCGUGCUUCGGUGGCGCUUUCUCGAUACGGACGGUCUUAUCGAUCCUGUCACGGCCCAGCACGACCUCCUCGAGAGCCAUCUCGCCAAGGCCAGUGCCAUCUUGCAUCACUUUGUCGCUCUCCCCAAGCGACUACACCCCCUUCCCGCGCGACUCUCAUGGCUCAAGACGGCGCUGCCGGGCGCCGCUGUCGCGCUCUGUUGUGGAAUCCUGAGCCACCAAGACCGCAUUGGCCUCCCGACGGCCGCAGCGAUUCUGUCGACAUCCUGGACGCUGCUUGCGACGCAGGAUGUGUGGGCUCAGCGCAUGCUGCCGCAGCUACCACCUCUGCCAGAGGCCGACAUGGCGGUCGACCCGAAUGUUUGCCGCCUCUUUGCGACCGUGCCCGGUGGCUUUCAGGACGUGGCCGCCGGCGAGCUCAUCGAGAAGGUCGAUGCAUUCGACAUUGAGCUUCUCGAAGGCAAGGUCGUCUUUUCGAUCCCGCUUGCAGCCUUGCCGCGUCUUCGCUCGCUGCGCUCGAUCGAGAAGCUCUACGUGCUCCUCCUCAAGGCCAGUGACGUCCUCGCCUCGGCACACGUCCUCGGGCAGCUCCAGCACGAUGUCCCCGCCGUCGUGCCGCGCGCUUACGUUGAGCAUGCGCUGAGCGUCUACCAAGCGUUCCAUACGCUUGAGCGUCGCCCGCAGACCUUUCGUGUGACACUCCGGCUGAGCGGCGUCGCGCCACGGAGCCAGCUCGAGCUCGCGCAAGCCUUGGCGGCGGGCAUGCAUCGGCGCUUCCAACUGUCGCCCGAGCUCAAGGACUUUGAUGUUGAGAUCUUCUCGCAUGUGCAGUACCCGCCACCGUACACGUCGGGCAGCGUGCUCCUUGGUCUCGCGCUGCUCCGGCGCACGAUGGCCUUUGACGAGCUCGGCGAACACGUCGGCAACGGUGUGAGCGCAACGGGCCGGCAGCUGUCGCUGACGACGCUUCGCCCGACGAUCGCGUACAAUCUGCUCCGGCUCGCCCAGCCCAAGUCGAGCACGAUCCUCGUCGACCCUAUGUGCGGCUGCGGCACGAUCCCCGAGAUGGCGGCCAAGCACUUUAGCGGCCAGCUCGUGUGCAUCGCCGGCGACUAUGCGGACGCGGCGAUCGAGCGCGCGGCGCACAACGCGGCCUUGGCGAGCGCAGCCAACCCGAACCUCUUCUUGGACGUGGUGCAGUGGGACUGUCGUCGGCUCCCGAUUCGCCGGGACUUCGUCGAUGCGCUCGUGACCGACAUGCCGUUCGGGAAGCGCAUUGGGUCGCACGCCAAGAACAAUGGCAGCUACCCCGAGAUUUUGCACGAGUUUUGCCGCGUGACGAAGAAGGGCACCGGACAUGCCGUGUUGCUAACGACCGAGCGCGAGCUCCUCACCAAGCAGCUCGGCCGAUACAAGACAUGGAUCGCGCACCGUCAAGCGACCGUCAACGUUGGCGGCCUCGACGCCAAGUGCUUCCACCUCUCCUACUUGUAG